GGGGGUUUCCAGGUUUUUCUUAUGUGAUGUUGAAAUUAGUGGUAACAUCCAAAUCAUUCUGAAACUAGUUAUAAGAAAAUCAGAUGGCAAGGUUUUGUGUGCUCAAGGGGAACAAGAUUUUGCAAACUUACUAUUGAGUUUUCUUACUUUUCCUUUUGGAGGAAUCACACGCAUAUUUGGAGAGAAUUGUUCGUUGGGUAGCAUUAGUCGAUUGUACAUGAGCAUAUCUCAUUUAAAUGAAAAUAAAAAUAUGAUAUCAAAAGAAGCUAAGAACAGGCUUGUUGAUCCCUGCAUUGCCCCGCAGUUUAAAUUGAGCAAGCAGAUAUUAACAAUUCUUGAUCCAGAUGUUAUCAAAUAUUAUUUAUGUCAAACUGAUAACGAUAAUUAUGUUCAAUUUUUCAAAGCUGGUGAAAAUAUGAGAUAUGUGGGAUAUCUUCGUGACAGAAUAAAUUUAUCUAUUUAUGAGGCAACUCAUGAAGGUUAUGUCAAAGGUCCAGUUAUGUAUGUUACAACUGAUGAUUUGCUUGUAACACGCUUGUCUCCGAUUUCUGCUCUAGGUUUACUUAACCGUUUCCAAAUUCCUCUUAAUGAUUUGCAAGAAAAGGUUAUCACCAUUGGCAUCAAGGAGGCUCUCAGCAUAUUGUAUGCUGGUUUAACUUCAACAUCUGCCCUUACAAAUGGCUUGGCUCACCUUUUAACCGACGUUAAGGUGGAGCAAUAAGAGCUUACAUCUUGUUGUGUGUUUGAAUGUUCUUUGAGAAAAGUUUGUAAAGACAACCACACAAAAUUUACUAUUUUGAUGUUGUUGUCUUAAUUCUAACAUUAUUGUUUUGAGAUCUUAAGUUUUACUCUGUUUGGAAUUUGGCAUUACAACCUUUAAUUUCUUUUCAUUUUAUCUUUCCAAUAUUUCGUUUUUCAUAUUCAGGUCAUUGUUUCUUGUGUUUAAUGUUUA